AUGUUCUCUUCCAAGACUAGCAUGGGCUCUUGGAAGAUUAGAGAUGAGAAAAACACCAGCACUCGUGAUGAGAUAAUUAGUCAGACAGGAAGAACGGCAACAAUCCAUGUUGCCGACCUUGCCAACCAGGAGUCUGUGAAGAGAAUAAUUCCCACGAUCGCCAGGGCAGGUAGAGGGAUGGAUAUUCUGUUGAACUGUGCUGGGGUGCAGAGACGGCAUCCGAGUGAGAGCUUUCCUGAUGACGAUUGGGAUGAGCCUACCAUCGCACGAUUCCCGCAUCGGACGUUACAAAAUACCCUGCCAUCGUCUACUACUGUCACGUCUUUUUCUGUUCUCCAAGUUAACUUAACGUCUGUUUUUACGUUAUGUCGAGAAUUUGGUGCGUAUCUUCUGUCUCGUGAUGCUGCCAGUUUCCAGUCUGGGCGGAGAGGGACCAUCAUCAAUGUGGCAUCCCUUCUCUCGUUCCAAGGUGGCAUCACGGUACCAGCAUACGCAGCAUCAAAGGGUGGGGUAGCCCAGCUAACCAAGGCCCUGUCGAACGAAUGGAUGUCCAAGGGCAUUUCAGUCAACGCCAUUGCACCUGGAUAUAUCAAUACGGAUAUGAACACUGAAUUGAUGGAUAAUCCAGAGAGGAACAGUGCCAUCCUUGCUCGGAUUCCUGCGGGAAGGUGGGGCAUUCCUGAUGAUUUCAAGGGUGUGGUGGUGUUUUUGGCCAGCGAAGCCAGCAGUUACGUAUCUGGGGAAAUCAUCUGUGUCGAUGGGGGGUGGAUGGGACGAUAGGGACUGUCGCGGCAUCAUUUUUGAGCUAGGGAGGAAAAGUGAUAGCCCUUUGCCAGACAGCGAACAGUUCAUCUCUGGUGGUUUUAAGUUCGUUGCAUCAGAAGAAGUCGACACUGUUGAAAUUUUCGCAAGCGGGGUUCAACUAAAAUGACGAUAAGAAUUGGGGGCCGACGCUAUCAUCUCUCCGGUCCGGCGGAACUUUUCAAGUCUCAUUGCUGCGCAAAGAUAAAAAUAAAAUAAAAUAAAAAUAAAUAAAUAAAAAAUAAAUACAAAACUAUGUCUAGGCCUC